AACAAUUCUCGUACAAAUAGACAUACCAUGCCAGAAGCUAUUUAGUAGGAAGAUAUGGGAAGCUCACCAGUGUUGUGAGUUGUGAGCUUAAUUUAAUAGUAUAUAUUUUCUAUCUCCUCAUGUCAAGAGGAAGAAACACUCUAGAACUUGGUGGAGUGAUAAGUGAUGUAUUGGACCCAUUCACAAGGUCUACUAGCCUAAGUGUUGUUUACAACACUAGGGAGGUUAUCAGUGGCUGUAAUUUGAAGCCAUCUCAAGUUACCAACCAACCUAGGGUUGAGAUUGGAGGGAAUGAUCUUUCCACUUUUUACACUCUGAUUAUGGUGGAUCCUGAUGCUCCGAGUCCGAGCAAUCCAAAUUUGAGGGAGUACCUACACUGGAUUGUCACUGAUAUCCCAGCAACAACAGGAGUAAGCUUUGGCAAAGAAGUUAUAUGUUAUGAGAGCCCAAUGCCUUCAAUGGGAAUACAUCGCAUUGUUUUCUCCCUUUUUCGUCAAUUGGGCAGAGAAACUGUUUAUGCACCAAACUGGCGGCAAAAUUUCAAUACAAGAGAAUUUGCAGAACUCUACAAUCUUGGCUUACCUGUUGCUGCUGUUUACUUCAAUUGCCAUAGGGAAAAUGGUACUGGUGGCCGUCGCGUAUAAUUAUGGCAUGUACAAUUGCCAUAGGAUGCAAAUGUGGAGUAAAUUUCAUGGUGGUCAUCCAGUUUUGGUUUUAUUACACAAAAAUCACUUUUUCUUUCUUUCAUUUAUUAAAUAAAACUAUUUUGCUUCGGUUAUCACAAUAAUCACUUUGGCAGGAGUGUCUAAAACUCCCACCUGAAUAGUGAUGUGGCAGCCUUAAUUAA